CUCAGUCUGGUAGCUCUCAACACUUUGUGUGUUGCUAUAGUACAUUACAACCAGCCAGAUUGGCUAUCUGACUUCCUCUACUAUGCAGAAUUCAUUUUCUUAGGGCUCUUUAUGUCCGAAAUGUUUAUAAAAAUGUAUGGGCUUGGAACGCGGCCUUACUUUCAUUCAUCUUUCAACUGCUUUGAUUGUGCUGUUAUCAUUGGGAGCAUCUUUGAGGUCAUUUGGGCUGCAAUAAAGCCUGGCACCUCCUUUGGAAUAAGCGUCUUACGAGCUCUCAGGUUACUGCGCAUUUUCAAAGUCACAAAGUACUGGGCUUCUCUACGAAACCUAGUUGUAUCUCUGCUGAACUCCAUGAAGUCCAUCAUCAGUCUCCUUUUCCUCCUUUUCCUCUUCAUAGUCGUUUUUGCCCUUUUGGGAAUGCAACUCUUUGGGGGCCAGUUCAAUUUUGAUGAUGGAACCCCGCCAACCAACUUUGACACUUUCCCAGCAGCAAUAAUGACGGUAUUUCAGAUCCUGACUGGUGAAGACUGGAAUGAAGUGAUGUAUCAUGGUAUCCAAUCUCAGGGCGGUGUUGAUAAAGGAAUGAUGUUUUCAAUCUAUUUCAUAGUCCUGACUUUGUUUGGUAACUACACUUUGCUCAAUGUGUUCUUGGCUAUUGCUGUGGAUAAUCUGGCCAAUGCUCAAGAGCUCACUAAGGAUGAACAAGAAGAAGAAGAAGCAGCUAACCAGAAACUUGCCCUCCAGAAGGCGAAGGAAGUAGCAGAAGUGAGCCCUCUUUCUGCAGCCAACAUGUCAAUUGCAGUGAAAGAACAGCAAAAGAAUCAAAAAGGCUCCAGAUCAGUUUGGGAACAGCGGACAAGUGAAAUGCGGAAACAGAAUUUGAUGGCAAGUAGAGAGGCACUAUACAAUGAGUUGGACCCUGAGGAUCAUUGGAAGGUUACAUAUGCCCGGCAAAUGCGUCCAGACAUGAAAACUCACUUAGAUAGACCACUGGUGGUAGAUCCUCAAGAGAAUCGAAACAACAACACCAACAAGACACGUCCCAGUGAGCCACCCUUGGAUCCCCACUUUGGGCAGCAACGGCCUGUAGAAUUCCUACGAAAACCACCCCGUUACCAUGCGCAUUCGCGGGAACCCCACUUGUAUGAGCGUCCUCACUCAGGAAGCUUGGAGCCUCGACACCCAAGGAGCAAUAGCAAGGAAAUCAACUUUAACCAAGAAAGCGGGUGUCAUGAGAUUGAUUAUCCCAGCAAGGAACCUAGUGCCAUGCCAGAGCAUGGUUAUCAUGGUGACUGUGACUCAGAGCGCAUCAAAAACUUGGAUCCCCACCGCUGGCACCAAGGCAGCAAAGAAAGUCAGAGUGGAUCACCUCGUACGGCAGAUGGUGAACGGGAGCACCGGCGACAUCGAGUACACCGCCGAACACCAGAUGAAGGAAGUGGUGAACAGAGUAGCAGAAGUGAGCGUCGCUCUCGGCAUCGUGAGGGGAGCAGGCCUGUACGGACUGACAUGGAUGGGGAACAGCCUGAUGGAGAAAGGCGCCGACGGCACCGGCAUGCUGGACAGUCCACUUAUGAAGUUGAUGGCAAGGAACGCCGACAUCGGCGCAGGAAAGAGAACCAAGGCUCUGGUCUUCCAUCUGGACCAAACCUAUCCACCACAAGGCCAAUUCAGCAAGAUAUGGGGCGUUUAGAACCUCCAGUAUCUGAGGAUAUUGACAACAUGAAGAAUAAUAAAUUAGCGACCAAUGAAACCUCAAAUCCACAUCUCAUCAGUCAUUCUCAGAAUGAUCCUACCAAAGGAGGAAACCACUCAAACUCCACACCGCGCUGCACAUCCCAAAAUCCACCUAUUCCUUUGGACCAACCAUUUCUCAACUCUCAGAAUUCUACCAGUCGCCAAACCCCCAGUAACCCUGCCAAUCCAGCCAGUCCUGGAGCUCCUAAAAAUCCAGAGAACAGCCUUAUUGUCACUAACCCCACAACCCAAAACAAUCCACCCAAAACUGCCAAGAAACCAGAAUACACAGCAGUGGAAAUCCCAUCUGCCUUCCCACCUCCAAUCAACAAUGCUAUAAUGCAAGUCAAUAAGAAUGCCAAUCCAGAGCCUCUGCCAAAGAAAGAGGAAGAGAAAAAAGAGGAAGAUUAUGAUGAUGGAGGGGAAGAUGGACCCAAGCCUAUGCCACCAUACAGUUCUAUGUUCAUCCUCUCAACCACUAAUCCUUUUCGGCGCCUCUGUCAUUACAUUGUCAAUCUGCGCUACUUUGAGAUCUGCAUUCUGAUGGUGAUUGCCAUGAGCAGCAUUGCAUUGGCUGCUGAAGACCCUGUACAGCCAAGUGCUCCCCGUAACAAUAUGAUUGACUUAGGACUGAUCCUUCAUCGGGGCUCUUAUUUUCGGGACCUGUGGAACAUCUUGGAUUUCAUUGUGGUCAGUGGAGCAUUGGUGGCAUUUGCCUUCACAGGCAGUAAAGGGAAAGACAUCAAUACCAUUAAAUCCUUGCGUGUCCUUCGUGUCCUCAGACCCCUCAAAACUAUCAAGCGGUUGCCAAAGCUCAAGGCUGUCUUUGACUGUGUGGUGAACUCACUCAAAAAUGUCCUCAAUAUUCUCAUUGUAUACAUGCUCUUCAUGUUCAUCUUUGCUGUGGUCGCUGUCCAGCUGUUUAAGGGCAGGUUCUUCUACUGCACUGAUGAAUCCAAGGAAUUUGAAAAGGACUGCAGAGGGGAGUAUUUAGUCUAUGAGAAGAACAAUGAAGUGAAGGCUGAGAGACGAGAGUGGAAGAAAUAUGAUUUCCAUUAUGACAAUGUGCUAUGGGCACUGCUUACUCUUUUCACUGUGUCUACGGGAGAAGGCUGGCCAGAUGUUCUUAAACAUUCAGUGGAUGCUACAUAUGAGAAUCGGGGGCCCAGCCCUGGUUAUCGCAUGGAAAUGUCCAUCUUCUAUGUGGUUUACUUUGUGGUCUUCCCAUUUUUUUUUGUCAACAUUUUUGUGGCCUUAAUCAUCAUCACCUUCCAAGAGCAAGGGGACAAGAUGAUGGAGGAAUACAGCUUGGAGAAGAAUGAGCGAGCCUGCAUUGAUUUUGCUAUCAGCGCCAAGCCACUAACCCGACACAUGCCUCAGAACAAGCAGAGCUUUCAGUACCGUAUGUGGCAGUUUGUGGUUUCACCUCCCUUUGAAUACACCAUUAUGGCCAUGAUUGCCCUAAACACCAUUGUCUUAAUGAUGAAAUUCUACAAUGCAACAAAUCUUUACGAUAAUUUACUAAGGAUGUUCAACAUUGUCUUCACUGCCCUGUUCUCCUUGGAAUGUAUUCUGAAAAUCAUUGCCUUUGGAUUGUUGAAUUAUUUCCGUGAUGCCUGGAAUAUCUUUGAUUUUGUCACAGUUCUGGGUAGCAUCACAGACAUCUUAGUGACAGAGUUUGGGAACAACUUCAUCAACCUGAGUUUCCUUAGGCUGUUCCGAGCUGCUCGUCUCAUUAAGCUGCUCCGACAGGGCUAUACCAUCCGCAUCCUGCUCUGGACCUUUGUCCAAUCUUUUAAGGCCCUUCCAUAUGUGUGUUUGCUGAUUGCAAUGCUGUUUUUUAUCUACGCCAUUAUUGGAAUGCAGGUCUUUGGUAAUAUUAGCAUUAAACAUGACGAGGAUAUGUCUGAGGAUGACAUGCCUGCCAUCACUGAGCACAAUAAUUUUCGCACAUUCUUUCAAGCUUUGAUGCUUCUUUUUAGAAGUGCCACAGGUGAGGCUUGGCAUGAGAUCAUGCUCUCUUGUCUAAGUGGAAAACUCUGUGAUGAAAAAGCAGAUCUCAAAGGAUAUCAGUGUGGCAAUGAGUUUGCAUACUUCUAUUUUGUUUCCUUCAUUUUCCUAUGUUCUUUCCUGAUGUUGAACCUUUUCGUGGCUGUCAUCAUGGACAAUUUUGAAUAUCUGACCCGUGAUUCCUCCAUUUUGGGGCCCCACCACCUGGAUGAGUAUGUUCGUGUGUGGGCUGAGUAUGACCCUGCUGCCUGGGGCCGGAUGACUUUCAUGGACAUGUAUGAGAUGCUGAGACAUAUGUCUCCACCCCUGGGGUUAGGGAAGAAAUGCCCAGCCCGUGUUGCUUAUAAGAGAUUACUUCGUAUGGACUUACCUGUGGCAGACGACAACACGGUCCAUUUCAAUUCUACCCUUAUGGCAUUGAUCAGGACUGCCCUUGACAUCAAGAUUGCCAAAGGGGGGGCUGACAAACAGCAGAUGGAUGCUGAGUUGAGAAAAGAGAUGAUGGCAAUCUGGCCCAACCUAUCCCAGAAAACUCUAGAUCUUCUGGUCACCCCUCAUAAAUCUACUGACUUGACAGUGGGGAAAAUCUAUGCAGCCAUGAUGAUCAUGGAAUAUUACCGCCAGAGUAAGGCUAAGAAGCUGCAGGCCAUGCGGGAGGAGCAGAAUCGGACACCACUUAUGUUCCAGCGCAUGGAACCACCUUCUCCAUCCCAAGAAGGUGGCCAAGGACAGAAUGCCCUUCCUUCCUCUCAACUGGAUCAAGGAGGUGGAAUGUGUAUACAGGAAGGAGGAAUGAAGGAAAGUGAGUCAUGGGUCACACAAAGAGCACAGGAGAUGUUCCAAAAGACAGGAACCUGGAGCCCAGAGCGGGGGCGCUUAGAGGAAAUGCCAAAUAGUCGGACCAAUUCUCAGUCUGUAGAGAUGCGGGAGAUGGCAAAAGAUGGCUACUCAGAUAGUGACCAGUAUUUACCCAUGGAGGGUCAUGGACGGGCUGCCUCCAUGCCACGAUUGCCUGCUGAAAACCAGACCAUUGCCGAUACAAGUCCCAUGAAACGCUCUGCCUCCAUGUUGGGCCACUCACGCUCCAAAGGCACACGCUUGGAUGAUUAUUCUCUGGAAAGAGUAAUCCCAGAGGACAGCCAGCGACAUCACCGCCGACGGGAGCGGACCCACCGUACAUCAGAACGUUCACUGAGUCGAUACACAGAUGUGGACACAGGUCUGGGUACAGACUUCAGUCUGACUACACAGUCAGCUGACCUACCUCCCAAAGAAAGAGACCAAGAGCGAGGCAGGCCUAAGGAUCGGAAGCACCACCACCAUCACCACCACCAUCAUCACCAUCACACAUCUUCUGACAAGGAGCGGUAUUCACAAGAGAGGCAUGAAUAUAGCCGGCCUCGAUCCAGAGAUCGACGCUGGUCCCGUUCACCCAGUGAAGGCCGAGAACAUGUGCCUCAUAGGCAGGGCAGUAGUUCCGUAAGUGGGAGUCCAGUCCUCUCAACGUCUGGUACCAGCACCCCGAGGCGAGGACGCCGCCAGCUCCCACAGACCCCUUCUACACCCCGGCCACAUAUCUCCUACUCCCCCGUGGUCCGUAAGACCAUCAACACGGGGGCCCAGCAGCAACCGCCGUCUGUGCACCCCAGCCGAAUAGCCAGCCCGGCCCCUCGGCGCUACCCCUCGCUGCCUGCUGAGCACCACGUCUCCGAGCGGCGCAGCAGGUCUCCGGCUAUGGAGCGACACACUGUCCCGCCGCGAAAUGAUUCGCCUCGCGGCUACCGCCACGCCAGUAGCCGGUGGUCAGCCCCACAGGUCUCUGAGCCCUCGCCGGGGCCUCGCCACGGCAGCGGCUACCACCGUAGUCGGGACUACGGCAGCCCCGCCGGCGGGGAACCCUUCCCCUACGAGGCCGCGCAGCAGCAGCAGCAGCAGCAGCAGGGGAGCGGCUCAGGACGCUCGCCCAGAACUUCCCGGGUGGGCGGCGGCUCGUCCUCUCUCUCCCCCUACAGGCACGGGCGGCGGCUCCCCAACGGAUACUACCACUCACACGGACCAGCCAAGUCGCGCGGGACAGGGCCACGCAAAGGACUGCACGAACCUUAUAGCGAAACUGACGAGGACGACUGCUGCUAACCUACCAGUGGCUUCACCUUACACGUGCGCGCACGCGCCACACACGCACUCCACACACGUACCCAGAAGGGAGGAGAUCCCCAGCUUGGGGGGAAGGCGAGGGGAAGAAUGAAAAGCAAACGAACUGCCAGCUGAUUGCGGAAGGUGUCGCGGAGGAGAACCCUGCAGUUGUGGGAAGAAACUUUUUAUCUUUUGUUCGGGGAAUCUGGGGUCGGGAGGGAGCAAGGGGUUGGGGGGAGGCUAGGGACGCGAGGGUCUGGGAGAUCAGAGCAUGCU